UCCACAUCCCCUCCUCCCCUCCUACACCAAAAGCUCCAACCAUGGCAGAUCCCUACACCAAUUUCUUCAAAGGUUACUUCAAUUACUACCCCUUCUCCUCUUCCAGCUCAUCACCCCCUCCCCCUCCUCUCCCCACCCGCAAUUUCUACACCAACUACGCCAAUUACACCACGCCUCACCUCCCAAGCACCCCCCACUUCCACACCUCUCCGCCCUCCCCUCCCCUCAGGGAGGCUCUCCCCCUCCUCAGCCUCAGCCCCUCAAAAGAGGAGGACACCUCCUGCUGCGCCUUCGAGGAAGGUGAGCAUGAGAAAAACAAAGGAAAAGGUGAUGAAGAUAAUGAUGAGGAGGGGGAUGUGACUGUGGCCCUUCACAUAGGCCUCCCCAGCCCCAGUGCAGCUGAUCUCAUCUCCAGGGUCUCCUCCACCUCAGUGCACGAAGACAAAGAGGUGGAAGAAGAAGAUGGUGGUGGUGGUGAUACCAUUCCUCUAGGGUACCCUACUAUAGGGAGGCUCACUAAGGGGCAGUAUUGGAUCCCCACCCCUUCCCAAAUCCUCAUUGGCCCCACCCAGUUCUCUUGCCCUGUAUGCUGCAAGACCUUCAAUAGAUACAACAACAUGCAGAUGCACAUGUGGGGGCAUGGAUCCCAGUAUCGGAAGGGGCCGGAGUCGCUGAGAGGCAGCCAACCGACGGCGAUGCUUAGGCUGCCAUGUUACUGCUGCGCGCCGGGGUGCAGGAACAACAUCGACCACCCAAGAUCAAAGCCACUCAAGGACUUCAGGACCCUCCAGACCCACUACAAAAGGAAGCAUGGGAUCAAGCCCUUCAUGUGCCGCAAGUGUGGCAAGGCCUUCGCCGUUCGGGGGGACUGGCGGACCCAUGAGAAGAACUGCGGCAAGCUCUGGUACUGCAUCUGUGGCUCCGACUUCAAGCACAAGAGGUCUCUCAAGGACCAUAUCAAGGCCUUCGGUCAUGGACAUGCAACCUAUGGGAUUGACUGCCUCGAGGAGGAGGACGAGCUCUCGUCGGAGAUCGAGCAAGACUGCGAUCGUCACCACCAGUCACGGUAAAUGUGGAGGGAGAUGGGGGGAUGAAUGGGUGGGAUGGGAUGGGAAUUUGCUAUUGGGGGUUUCAGAUCUUAGCCCAUCAGUAAUUAGCUUUAUCAUAUGUAACAACUCUUCAACUCUUUGAUAUCCCAUUGACUUGGCAGGUCCCCUCUUUUCGUUUCUUUUCUUUUCUUUUCUUUUUUUCUCCAACGGAUCUAAGUCUUAGACGCAUAUACAGAAAGCAAAAGUAGGAUCAUCUUUUGUGAU